AUGGUGAAGAAAAAGAGACAGAGCGAUCCAUCGGAAAACGGUGAUGAAUCGACUGAAUCUUGCGAUGAAACUAUUAAAUCCACAUGCCCUCACGUUGCGAAGGCCGUGGACCUAGCAAAGUUGAAAAGAGCUCUUAAAACUAGUGGAUUUGAAAAGGAAUGUGCCGAAUGCAAGAAAAAUCCGAAAACCGAGGACGACGACCCGAAUUUUGAGAUAGAUUUGUCUUUAUGGAUGUGUCUUCGUUGUGGGGGCCAAUUAUGUGGAAGAGCCCGAAAUAAGCACGCCCUUAACCACUUUAACACGCCACACUCUGACUGUCAUGCCCUCACUGCUAAUACAACCUCUUGGGAAGUGUAUUGUUAUAACUGCAACAAUGAAGUCACAGCUACUAGUUCUAAAAAACUGCAUGAAUGUAUUGAAUAUCUUAAAAAACAGGCUACUGGAAACCCUAGACUACCACCUAUAGAACUGUUUCUUGACCCUCAAAACAAGAAUAUAGAAGUCCCAUUAACUGUAGAAAAUAUAAUUAAAACCGAUAAGCUUAAAGAUAAAGCUAUGGCAUUAAAUUUACCUAGGGUUAGAGGCCUGUCAAACCUAGGUAAUACUUGCUUCUUUAACUCAGUAAUGCAGUGCCUAGUGCAGACUCCAUAUUUGUUGGAUGUGUUGCAAGAGAUGGCUGCACCAGGGGAGAGAUUUACAUUACCAGGUGGAAAAUUAAAGCUCAAAGGUGAAAAUGGGGAUGAUGGAAAGGAAGUUGACCUUCCUCCAAUUACAGGACAACUUGCAGAGUGGGGACCUUUAACUAGGACACUGGCGGAAACAUUGGCUGAAUUACAGACAGGUGAGGGUGGGGUGUACACUCCACGUAAGCUGCUCUCGGCUCUAGUCAACAAGUUACCACAAUUUGGUGGUGGAGAUCAGCAUGACUCACAUGAACUCUUGCGACACUUACUUGAAGCUGUCAGAUCAGAGGACCUUCGUCGUUACCAAUCGGUGAUUUUAAGCAGCCUUGGUAUGAACUCCAAGGUUGAUCCGUCCAAAGUGGAUGGUGAUCUGAAACAGAAAGUCAAGUUUUAUGGACAGCAGGCAUCGGAUACUAUGCUUAGACCUGAGCAGGUGUUCCGUGGAUUUCUAGUGUCAACACUGGAAUGUCAGGAAUGUUACCAGCAAUCAGACAGAGCCGAGUACUUCCUUGACUUGUCUUUGCCUGUAGCAGCUUCACGACCACAACCACCUGCCCUUACCAGGAGAAGAGCAAAUGACGAAUCCACAUUCAAUGUUCAAGAUGAGAACAAACCUUCUAAACAUCAGCUCAAGAAAGAGAGACUCGCUGCCAAGAAAGCUUCUAGAAGGAACAAAGGCACUAGAGACAAAUCUACAGAGGUGAACGGCAAGGAAGACGGUAAAUCAUCUUCUGAGCAGUCUGACGCUGACGUCGAGGACAACUUGGACGAAAUGCCCAAGAUUGCCCAGAACCAGACUUCUAACACCCCAUCCGUCGCCCACACUGCAGCUAACUUUGCAGCCUACCACAUGGAGUCUGGCUACAAUUCGGAAAAAGUCAUCAGCUCCGACUCGAUCAGAACCAGCCCGGUCGAUUUAGACAAGGAGAAAACUGAUAACACUCCAGAAUCAACCGAUAAAGACAAGGACUUCGCCGAAGCGGCCUCGUCGACCGUAGCCCUCGAUUACAAACCCCUGAGCCGCCUGGAGAACCUCUCGAACCCGGAUUCGGGAGUGGCCAGCCCCGAUGCCACCAAACACAACUCCACAGAGACGGUGGACAACGUCGACUCGCCUAUCAACGGAAAGGAAUUGGGAAGUCACAGCUCCCUAUCCAGCGAAAUCAAUCUGGAUCUCUCCAGCCCCCUGCAUAAGUUGUCCCCGAUCAAGAACGACUACGAAAGACCGGUGUCGAGAAUAUCGUUCGCUCCCGAGUACACGAACGAGGUCGUCUCUCGCGGCAUCAGCACCCAAGGAUCGAAGGACCUCUUGGAGAACAAUUGGGAGUUCAACGCCGUCGGCCCGCAGAACGACAUAAACAAUCAGGAAGUCAGCAGCAAAUUGGAAAAGCUGAAGUUGGAUAUGGACGACAUUAAGCCCAAACCGACUCUGCCGUCGCCCGUCGACGACGCGCCACCGGCUUUGCCUCGAUCCAAUCUCGAACCCGAGAGGAAUUUCGGGGGAGCGAGUCGCGAUUUCAUGUCAUUCUCCAGGCCGAGUCCUCUCUUGCCGAGAUACGUUUGCGACGAAGACGAAUGCAGCAUUCAGUCUUGUCUCAGCAAUUUCACUGCGCUCGAGCUGUUGACGGACAACAACAAAGUCGGCUGUGAAACCUGUACGGAGAGGACCAACGGGAAAAAUGGGAAGACUGUCUACACCAACGCUUCGAAGCGCUUCCUCGUGUCCAGUCCGCCGGCUAUUCUCAUCCUGCAUUUGAAGAGGUUCCAGAUCGGCCCGCGGUGCAUGUUUCGGAAGAUGUCCAAACACGUGGACUUUCCGACGAUUCUCGAUUUGGCUCCGUUCUGCGCCAUGGAUAAGCUGAAGAAGCUCCCGAACGUCAAUCGCGGUCAAAACGAAUUGCUGUACUCCUUAUACGGGAUCGUGGAGCACUCCGGGGGCAUGCACGGGGGGCACUACGUGGCGUACGUUAAAGUGCGUCAGGCCGUCAAACGGGACGAUCCGAAAUGGUGGUUUUUGCCCAAGAGUGCUAACAUACCCGCUUCGGGGAGCGGCGACGGCGACGGCGAUUCGGAAUCCGAUCUUUCGGGUUACGAAUCUGGCGAAGGAGCUACUCCGAGCGCGGAAGCUCCCGCGGGAAGAUGGUUCUACGUCUCCGACAGCAUGGUGUCCGAAGUGACCGAAGACAAAGUAUUACGGGCCCAAGCGUACCUUCUGUUUUACGAAAGGAUUUUAUAA